AUGACAACUGAAGAAGUUCCUGUGGUGGAAGAUGCCGGCAAACGUGUCGACGACGUUAUUCUUGCCACGGCGGGCUACGAUCACUCUUUGCGGAUUUGGCAAGCCUGUUCCGGUGUUUGUCUUCGGACAUUGCAGCAUCCGGACUCACAAGUCAAUGCUCUGGAAAUCAUGCCGGAACAUAAUUGGAUCGCCGCUGCGAGCUUUCAGCACAUCCGAAUGUACGACCUCCUGUCGAGCAACGCAAAUCCUGUGAUAAACUUUGAAGGCGUGAGCAAGAACGUUACAGCUGUCGGUUUCCAAGAAGACGGGAAGUGGAUGUUCACUGGUGGAGAGGACGGGACUGCAAAGAUUUGGGAUUUACGGACAUGCAAUAUUCAGUGUCAAAAAGUGUACGAAUGUUCUGCGCCUGUCAAUUGCGCAGUGUUGCAUCCGAAUCAAGGCGAACUCUAUGUUGGUGACCAGACUGGUGCCAUUCAUAUCUGGGAUCUUAGGACGAAUCAGAAUGACCAAUUGAUUCCCGAACCGGAUGCAUCCAUUCAGUCAGUAGACGUGGAUGCGGCAGGAAAUCUAGUUGCUGCUGUGAAUAACAAGGGAAUGUGUUAUGUUUGGAAUAUGCGAGAUGGGACGCAGCAAACUUCGCGUCUCGUGCCAUUGAUGAAGUUAUCUGCUCAUAAAAAUUACGCGCUCAAGUGCAAAUUCAGUCCGGACUCCACUAUUUUGGCGACCACGUCUGCGGACCAAACUGCGAAAAUCUGGAGUGUCGAAGAUUUCUCGUUGCAGAAAACCCUCACGGACCCGAGUCAAAGAUGGGUUUGGGACCUCGCGUUCACGUCCGAUUCUCGCUAUCUAUUCACUGGGUCGUCGGAUAAUUUUGCUAGAUUAUGGGACCUGGAAUCUGGCACGGUGCAAAGAGAGUAUGCGGGGCAUCAAAAGGCUGUCAUUUCUAUCGCGUUCCGUGAUACAGUCAUUGGUUGAUUUUAUUUUUUAAGAUGGUGUAGUUCCGCAAAUUUUUCAAAUGUUACGUGCAUAGUUUCGUUGCCAAAAAAAAAACAUUUUUGAAAGAGAAAGAGUUCUGAAAUGAUUUUUCCCGAUGCAUUAUUAGAGUGGAAAAUCUGGCUUUGAACACCCCCUCAAACGUCCUCACAACUGGAGC